AUGAACCAGAUUCUGACGUCGCGGCAGGCGGAGGAGUUACACAAGUCUAUGAUCGCAUAUCUCACGUCACAAAACCUCACGAGUAGUGCCACCGCAUUACGAGAAGAAUUGAAUAUAGGUGAGGGGUUUGAUGCCGCAACCAGCAAGAAAUAUGAAGGCCUGUUGGAGAAAAAGUGGACCAGCGUUGUGCGGUUACAGAAGAAGAUAAUGGAGCUGGAAUCCAGAAAUGCAUCUUUGCAGUCUGAAAUCGAUUCUGCGACACCAACGUCGCUUUCGAAGAGGAACCAGGACCCCACAUCAUGGCUUCCCAGAUCACCGGCACGACAUACACUCCAAUCACACCGCGACCCUAUAACUUGUGUGGCAUUUCAUCCUAUCUUUUCGUCCCUCGCAUCUGGUUCAGAAGAUAAUACUAUCAAAAUCUGGGAUUGGGAGUUGGGAGAGUUGGAACGGACUAUUAAAGGGCACACAAGAGCCGUCUUAGACGUCGAUUUCGGUGGACCACGAGGAGGCACUCUACUCGCAUCAUGUUCCAGUGAUCUGACUAUUAAAUUAUGGGACCCUAGUGACGAGUACAAAAAUAUAAGAACCCUUCCUGGGCACGACCAUUCGGUUUCUGCUGUUCGAUUCAUACCUAGUGGUGCAGCCGGUUCUCCUUCGUCUGGAAAUCUUCUUGUUUCUGCUAGUCGGGAUAAAUCAUUACGAAUAUGGGAUGUUUCUACUGGAUACUGUGUUAAAACUAUACGUGGACAUGCAGAUUGGGUUCGCGACGUUGCGCCAUCAUUCGAUGGGAGAUGGCUGUUAUCGGCUGGAAGCGACCAAACUGCAAGAAUAUGGGAUGCAAGCUCAGGAGAGCCAAAAGCGACCUUGGUAGGGCAUGAACAUACGAUUGAGUGCUGUGCAUUUGCGCCCCCAGCCAGCUACGGAUACCUUUCAACACUUGCAGGAUUGAAAAAGCCGCCGCUCUCGAGUAGCUCGGCAGAGUUUGUUGCUACAGGAUCAAGAGACAAGAGUAUAAGGUUAUGGGAUGCCCGUGGUACUCUCAUAAAGACUCUCAUCGGGCAUGACAAUUGGGUUAGGGCAUUGGUCUUUCACCCUGGCGGAAAGUACCUUUUAAGUGCUUCUGACGACUACACUAUACGUUGCUGGGAUUUAUCUCAAGAAGGAAAAAUGGUCAAGAGCUUGGAUAAUGCUCAUGGCCACUUUGUUUGUUGCCUGAGAUGGGCACCUAAUGUGAUUAAGGAUGUGCCAGCAGCGAAUGGGGAAAACGGUUCAACGACAAAUGGGACGAAGAAAGAUGAGGUGGGUAAUGUUGGGAUACGAUGUGUUAUUGCCACUGGAAGUGUGGACUUGAAGGUGCGAGUCUUUGCAUCAUGA